ACAAGCCCUUGGGUUCAGUUUACUUGGAGAGAAGGAUCAAGGAAGUGCGAGGGUUUGCAUCCACCGGCGUCUGCAGCCGUCUGGCCCGUCUCCGACUCUCCCAGCGUCGCCCUUUUCCCUGAUCUCUACCUCUCGACGCUGCGGUGGAAGAGCCUCCAUUUCCUUCGCGUCCCUCGAUCGCCGGCGUGAGAUUCCCUGCUGCAGCCCUCUCUUUCCUUCCUCUCUCUCUCGCGUGCACCACAAUAGUCUGCGCUCAGCCUCGCCGCGUUGCCUUUCCUCCCCGGCGAAUACAGCCGCGAGGAGAUCUGCAAUCGCUGGCCGCCUCCUCUUUCGGACACCGCACCAUCGGCGCGCCGAAAAGGCUUGCAGCGAUCGACUUCUUCUUUUCUCAUUCUUCGCGGUAGAUCGGCUGCCCAAGCCUUCGUUGUCUUGGUCGAGCGGCACUGGUGCUGUGGUCCUUAGUCGUCAUUCUUACUUCUCAAGGCGUUCAUGAAAGAGCAGUUAUUGACAUGACAUCUGAUCAAUAAAUCUGUGUUUUUGGGUGACAAGUGGAGAAUGCUCAUGUGAAUUUAUGUAGUUGAAGUGAACUUUGUAGCACAAUGGGUGGACCAAAUUCUUGCAAUGAUACUGAGAGGAAAAUAACUGAUGACAAUAGUGACCCAUCCUCUCAAUUCAGUUGUCAAAAUGAAAAUUUCAGUACAGCAAGUAGACCAGACACUCGCCACAAAAAUAAGAGGAAGAAAAAUGAAGACAGCAGUUACUCAUCCACUGAGACACUCAGGAAAAUACACUUAACUGGUGAGAUUACAAGAGAUGAUAUAAUACAGCUUUAUUCCAUUACAAAACCUAUUUGUCAAGGUUGUCGAGGAAAUUCUAAAGAGUCCCCUAAUUGCUUUUGCGGGCUGAUUCCACCAUCUAAUGGCACAAAAAAGACUGGAUUGUGGCAGAGGAUGUCUGAAAUAAUUAGUUCUCUUGGUCCAGAUCCUUGCAAGGAUCUUCGUGACUCAACAGAUACUCCAGCUGGUCUUACUAAUUUGGGUGCCACCUGCUACGCGAACAGCAUACUUCAGUGCCUUUAUAUGAACACAUCAUUUCGUUCUUGCAUAUUCUCUAUUGAACCUGAUUUUUUUAAGCAGCAUCCUGUCUUGGAUCAGCUUGGAAGGUUGUUUGUACAGUUACACUCCAGCAAAAUGUCAUUUAUUGACUCAGCACCGUUUAUUAAGACAUUGGAGCUGGACGAUGGUGUUCAACAGGAUAGCCAUGAAUUUCUUACCUUAUUUCUAUCUUUAUUGGAAAGAUAUUUAAGUCAUUCAAAGGUUGCAAAUGCUAGAACUGCCGUGCAGGAUUUAUUUCGUGGGAGUGUUUCACAUGUAACACGGUGCUCAAUGUGUGGAAAAGACUCUCAAGCAUCUUCAAAGGUGGAGGAUUUUUAUGAGCUUGAGUUGAAUAUCAAAGGUCUGAGCAAUCUAGAUGAAAGUUUGGAUGACUAUCUAAGCUUAGAAGUAUUAGAUGGGGAAAAUCAAUAUUUCUGCUGUUCAUGUAGCAAGAGAGUUGAUGCUACACGGUGCAUAAAACUUUGUUCACUUCCUCAGGUUCUUAAUUUCCAGUUAAAGCGUUAUGUUUUUCUCCCCAAGACGACUACCAAGAAAAAGAUAACUUCAGCUUUUGGUUUUACAAGAUGGUUGGACAUGGGGAAAAGGUUAUCAAAUCCUCCACAGUCAGGCUUGAUUUAUGAGUUAUCAGCAAUUCUGAUUCACAAGGGUUCUGCUGCUAAUAGUGGACAUUAUGUGGCCCAUAUUAAGGAUGAAAACAGUGGACAAUGGUGGGAAUUCGACGAUGAGCAUGUGUCCAAUUUGGGCUAUCACCCUUUUGGAGAAAUCUCAAAGGGAAAUGUUAAAUCUCACUUGAAGAAUCAAUUGGUUAAUUCUACACCUGCUUCCUGUGCCACCUCAGGCUUCAAUGCCCCUAUGCAAGAAGAAGUCUUUUCAUCCUCCGAUGCAUACAUGUUAAUGUAUAAUCUUAGAACUGAUAAGGAGAAUAAAGAUGAUUUGAGAAAAAUAGUUAUGGGAGAUCAUGACUCAAAAAGCAGUUAUCUUCCUUCUCACCUUGAUGAAGAGAUGGGAACUUUAAAUACUUCUUAUGAAAAUUCUUGUGCUGAAUAUCGGAAGAGAAAAGAAACUGAGCAGUCUCGUAUAACUGAACGGAGACAAGAAGUGAAGUUGGUUCUUUCAAAAGCUCCUGUUGACCCUGGUGGCGCUUCAUAUUUUUGGAUCUCUAUGGAGUGGCUUCGUCAGUGGACUGAUACUAUCAUUCCUCCUUGCAUUGACAACAGCCCAAUUCAGUGUGCUCAUGGUAAAGUUCCUAUAUCAAAAGUAACCUCCAUGAAGCGGUUGUCAGAUGCAGCUUGGCAGAUGCUGUUGUCUAAAUACGGAGGGGGGCCUACUUUGAGCAAUGAUGAUAUUUGCAUUGAUUGCCUUAGAGAUGAGGCAAAAACUGCAGUCUGUGCAGAUGAUUACCGUGAUAAGAAGGCUUCCUUAAGGCAACUUGCUGAAGCUGCCCUUGCUGGAAAGUACCUGGAUGGUCGUUUGUAUUUUGUAUCUAGGCCAUGGUUGCUACAGUGGUUGCGUAGGAAAAAUGUUGAUUUUCCUUCUGACACUGAUGCUGGACCAACUGCUUCUCUUCGAUGUUCCCAUGGAAACCUUCUCCCAGAACAAGCUCCUGCAGCAAAGCGUGUGCUGGUUCCUGAGAGGCUCUGGCUAUUUUUCCUUGAAUUUUCUGCUUCGUCCAAAUCUGAUGGUUCAUUAGGUUUUUCAACAUUCUCUUCUGAAUCUGAACCAUGCGAAACUUGUAGCAAGGAAUUAAAGAAUGUUGCAUGCUUGGAGGAUGAUCUUAGAGCAUCCAAGCUUAAGCAACGUCAAAAUCAUGAAAAAUUAAUUAUGGGCAAAGGUUUUCCACUUUUUCCUGGUCUAAAGUAUUACUUGGUCCCCUCAUCAUGGCUCGCAGAAUGGAAGGCUUAUCUGAUAGCAACUGGGAAGAACAUUUCUUCAUGUGAAAAACCUGAGAAUUUGGAAGUGAUAAUUGAUUCACUUAUAUGUCAGAAGCAUUCACAUUUACUGGAAAGACCUCUUGAACUAGUUUACAAGCGCGGUGUCAUCUCUCAGAAAGUAUCUACUACAAAAGGGUUGGUACUCAUUCCAGAGACUGAUUGGUCGCUGUUUUGUGAAGAAUGGAAUGUUCCAGAAGACAAAGGCAUAUCUGCUGAAAUUGUAGUUGCCAGCAGUCUCAGUAAGUUGGAUGGAUCUUGUGAAAACAUUCCUAUUUUUGUGGAGAGUACAGAUGAACACAUGAAUGAAGCAAAUGACGGCACAGAUGUUGGAAAAUUGCUUAUUAGAACUUAUCCACAGACAUGCGAAGUUUGUAUUGGAGAAAGAGAAAGCAGUGAAUUAAUGCACAAGCUUUGUUAUUCUGAUGAGGUUAUUUGUGUGCAUCUUGUCCGUGGUAAGGAACCUCCAAAAUACCUCAUAGAAGCUUCGACAUCUGUUUCUGAGCCAGACCGGCGUGCUUCCAAGCGCUCCAGAAGAACGUCUUCUGGCAACUCAGUCAAUUUAAGAGUUUCUGGUUCCACCUCCAUCUACCAGUUGAAAAUGAUGAUUUGGGAAGCCUUUGGGGUUGUUAAGGAGAAUCAAAAGCUUCACAAAGGUUCAACCGAGAUAGAUGAUGAAUCAGCUACCUUAAGUGACAAGAGCAUUUUUCCAGGUGAUGUUCUAUGGGUCACCGAUUCAGAGAUUUAUGCAAAUCGGGAUAUUGCUGAUGAACUUUCAGAACAUAAAAUUGAACCCGGACAAUCUGAGCAAGGCUUCCGUGGGACACUUUUGACGUCGGAUGUCUCAGUUCUCAAUUUUCAGGAAAUUUGACAGUUCUUUUUCUCAAUCCAAAUCCAUUGUAACUUCAUGACUUAAUGAGGCGGCUAGGGAAACCAAGCCUGUCAGGACAUCCUGGAUGAGAUGUAAAGUCGCGAUUAGAUUGGUCGUGGACAGCCUUUUGGCACCAGUGCUUGAAGCAUGCUUGGUGGAGCUGCACGGUCAAUGCUAUGAAUUUGAAACUAUGUUCCUACAUUAUUAAACAAUGUCUUCACGUAAUAUAGUUUCAUGGAGAAGGAGUGCUAGAGCUGCGACAUCUGUUACCAAUAUAGUUAUUUGUGUAUCUUGUUGUAUGUCUACCUGAGCUUAUCGAGCAUUUGUCAAUCGCCUUCGUCAACAUAUUACACUAUGAUGAAACGAUUCAAAAUCCCAUACUGGAAUGCUACUCACUUGAGCAGAUUAUACAAGAAGCAACGCAACUGAUUGACAUGGUUGUUAGAACUA